AUGACAACUAGGAUUUCCCCUGUUUUGUAUUUUCUUAUCGAGAUCAUUCAUAAUAUGAAAUGAAAUCAUCCUUAUUUUUUACUGUUUAGCUAAACACGUUACAUUUUUGAGGACGUAUCGAGAAGUGUAAUAUGGCUGAAACCGAUAGUAAUUCACAGUACGAUGAAUUUAUCAUAGAUUCGUCUAAAUUGCAACUGGUUCUUGAAAUCCAAAAUAAGGUUGAGCAAAUGUUCAGUGUCAGUGUUUAUGUCGACGAAUCCACAGACGUUAAAUGUGAAAAGAGCUGGUUGAAACUCGAGGGACAAAACUGUGACAGGAAAAAUGCCAGGGAAUACAUUUUGGCAGUCUGUCACCCAGAGUCUAAACAAAAACUUCAGAUCAAGGACACCAACAGCGAGUUGUUUGAUAAAGAAGUUCUUGAAGAUAUAGAAAUACAGACUUGUGCAUUGAUAACACUCCAGGAUAACAAUAUUGAGAUAUGUGGCACAGAACUUGCAGUGAUUUUAGCAAUGACUUCAUUGGAAAGUAAAGGAGCAGUAGGUAUUGAAGAUAUGGAAGCUGAUGGAGAGACAGAAGAAAAGACAGAUUUAUCUCAAAAACCCACGGCAAAAAACAGGUGGUCUCGAAAAAUGGAUUCACAGUUAGAGAGACUCUUGUGUGACCCCAAAAACCGCUCAGAAAGCAUGUCAAUUAACGACUUUUCCAAAACCUCUCCAUCCAUUAAGAUGACGAUUUUGAAGUGUAUGCAAGAAAUGGAUGAUAUUAGUGACAGUGAUUUAUUUCCGAGCUGUAGAGAUGAUGCAGGAGCAGCGCCUUCCUAUAGAUUACCCAUUUAUAUCGAUGAUGAAAGUGAGGAAGAAAAAGUAGAUAGUAAUUCUGCAGAUGGAAAAAGUGUGAAACAGUUGGCAGAAAAAUUGACUACAGCUCAGAUUUCUCCCAGCUCAUCCCCUCGACCAGUUAAACAAAAAGGGAGUGGAUUUCCUGAAGAGGAAUAUUUCAGAUCCUUUGGGAAAAGUGUAGGAUACUCUGAGGCAGAUGUGGAAGUUGGAUUACAGUUAUGUGAUGAAAAAACAACACCAGCAGACUUUCUGGGCAUAUUAAAUCAGGUGCAGGAAAAUAAAAAAGAGGGAAAAGACACAACUAAUGGAGCAACAGCGAAUGUUCCUCAAAAGAAUAACUUCCCACCUCCUCCUGAUGUGCCCUCCCCAUCUUCCACCCCAGUAAAUGGAAGAAGAAGUCUCCCUAAGGAAUACAAGAAAAAGCUUGUGAAAGACUUCUCAGAGGAAACAGCUGACCUCAGUGUUGAGGAGCUGAAGAGGAGAAAUGAAGAGAGACAGAAAGUGUUGAAGACGGCCUUUGAGCAGGGAUCUAGUAAUGUGUCGGAUACAAAAUCACCACAGAAAAAGAAAAGGAAGAAGAAGAGACGAAAGAAAGGCAGUGGUCCUGUAAAGUUUAUAGGUGAAGGAUCGAAGGAAGACCCAGCUAUUGUCAGUGGCUCUGAUGAUGAUGAAGAGCAGACUAAGGUGAUGACUAUCUGGAAUGAGAAUCUUGAUGAAGAUUCAGAAAGUGAUGACUGUAUGAUUGUAGAUGAAACAUUCCCAACCACUGCCCCUUCUAAGACUACUAACCCAGACAAAAGUUCAAAUCAACCUAAGGCUGUAGUCCAAAACCAGCCAGAAAUUAAACAGAAACCUUCAGGAAGUGAUCAACCCUCUAGUUCAGAUACUUUUCAGAGUACAGACUCUAGCCAAUCCUCAGGGGAACCAUGGAAAGUGGUUCAAAAUCAAAAAACAGGGCAGCGACAGUUAAGAUUUGACCAACCACCCCCUCCUCUUUUCCCCACAAAUCCAGGUGAUUUUCAAUUUAAUAGAGGACCAUCAAAUACCAGAGGGGUUUCCCGAUGGGACGUACCUCCUCCAAACUUGGGACAAAAAAAUUUGUAUCCUCAGCAAAAUCAAAUUCCUCCCCCCGCUGUUGUUACUGCCCCAGUCUUGGGUGCUGGAGGAGCCCCUCCUAACCAGCAAAAGAAUCUACGCUAUGUCGUAAUCGAUGGCAGCAAUGUGGCUAUGAGUCAUGGAUGUGGUAAAGUAUUUUCCUGUCGGGGCAUUAAAAUAGUAAUAAACUACUUCCUCCAGCGGGGACACACCCAGGUCACAGCUUUUGUUCCAGAGUGGAGGCGAUAUCGCGAAUCCAGUGAUGUUAGAGAAAAGUAUCUACUAAAUCAAAUGCAGGAGGAGGGACAUGUAGUUUUCACUCCGUCAAGGAGAGUUAACAAUAGACUCAUAGCAUCUUAUGAUGAUAGAUUUAUUCUGGAGCUGGCUGAGAGAGAGGAUGGUAUAAUCGUAUCCAAUGAUCAGUACCGAGACCUGAUGCUGGAGAAAAACAGCUGGAAGAAAAUUAUUGAAGACAGACUUCUCCUAUUCUCCUUUGUGGGAGAUAAUUUCAUGCCACCCUUUGAUCCCCUCGGAAGGCAUGGUCCAAACUUAGAUGAGUUUUUAAGUAAAACACAGGGUAGGAAAAGACAUACUGUUCCAUACUAUCAGGAGAGAAACCCACAGAUCAAUGCAUGGAAUGCUGGGAAGAGGCAGCGUGAAAAUUUCAACCCAAGACCUGCAACCCAACCAUAUCCUGGGGGCCCUCCAGCACGUGCCUGGGUCAGGCCCCAGUAUUUACAGGGGCAAAGACAAAAUAACAAUCAAAUGCAGCAGGGGGGUCAAGGAAGAGGGGGCGGGGGGAGAGGUCAAAGUCCCCAGAAACCUGCAGGACCCCUGAGGAAUAAAGCCAAAACUAAAGAAAUAGAAGAUCAGCUCAGAGCUAUAUUUCCUGAAAAUGGAGGAAAAAUCAAUGAAAUUCUGCAGAAUCAUCCUUAUGAAACGGAUGUGGAGAAACUAUCAAAUUAUUUAAUGAAUGCUGUUUUUUCAACGUAAACAGUAAACUUGCUAAUAAAUAUGUGUACAUACUGCACAUGAGUUUGAAGCACCACAAUUCUUUCCAAUUCCAACUAGUCUUUUGAUGGUCUGAUGUAAAUCAGAUUGUCACUGUAUGAAAAAACCAAUACUUGGUGUAAAAUUGUGCUUUGUAAAAGUGCUGUUCAUUGAUUUUCAUUUGCAAAAUAAAACUUUUUUUCUGUAUGUCAAGUAACAUGUUCACUAGAUUGCUGAUGUGAUGGACAUUGUUGAAGAAUCGAGAAUAUUUGCAAUAUCAACUUUCAUAACAGCAUUAAUCAUGAAGAAUUUAAUCAAAAAUAUUAGUGGAGAUGUAUUGAUGCUCAUGCACAUGUAUUAUAAGGCAGCAUUAUUAUAAAAUGAAUUUGUUGAAGCACAUUUAUAAAAGAAUACCAGUACCAUAUAGGAGGCCACAUUACAUUGUAUUUAACUAAUGCAUAGAUUCACUUUUUUGUGCCAGAAUAGCCAUCAUUAAAAUUGCUUUUUGAGAGAUUUCAGUUUAUUUAAGAAAUGUAUUUCAGCUAAGGCAGUUCUUGAAGGUACAAUUUAAAUCAUUCCACCCAGGCACAUGUGUACAUGUAUUUCCAUAUGAACUUUGAAAUAACACUAUGCAUAACUUAUAUUUACAUUCCAAAUAUUGAUUUGUAUCAUUUGAACACAGAGAUUAGAUUGGAGCUCUCUGACUGCAGUUCUAUUCCUU